AUGUUCUCUUCAACAAGAACGAACCGGGUUCUUUUCACCCUCUUUCUCUUCAUUGUCACAACAACAUCUUUGCUCGCACCUGUGAAAGCAAUCGACAUUCUUCCUCCUCAUAGACGUCCAUUUCCGAAUGCUUCCAUCGUUGCUGCCAGUAUCGCAGGUGCCAUCGUAUUUGCUGGUAUGGCACUUGCAUGUUUGUUAGCUCUUCCAAGAAUACUCCUGUUCAUUCGAGCUCGAUUAAUGAUCGAUGAAGAAGAGGAGGAAGCUGCAGGUGACGGUGCCGAAGAAGGAAAUGAACAGAAAAAUGAAAUUGAAUUGAAACAUCAACAACAAAAUGGAGCAAAUACCAACAUGGCAGGAAUAACUGGAAAUUAUGAAAAUUAA